AUGUGGUAUGGUCGCGUUGAAAGCGUAAAAUUGACGGGGAAGCGUGUGGCAGACGGGACCCAGUCGGCUUACGUGGAUUUUGUGGAUAUAAACAGCGCCACCAAGGCGCACGACGCGCUGAUCAAGAUCGGAGAACGUGACCUGCGGAUAGAGUAUAACAACCCAGACAAUUCAGAUGACGCUCUCAUCAGCGAGAGAGGUCAUGGCGAAUAUGAUGUCAUUCACGGGAGGCACUCGCGCUACGACUCGCGAAGAGAUGGGUAA